UGGCACUUGCGCGGAGACGGUGCUUCACUAGCUUCGUCUCGGCCUGUGCCCAACGACAAACUUCGAAAGCAAGACGCAAAAAAGAGCGUUUUUCUUAGUCGUGAAGAAGCUUCCACUUACUCGUGUCUCUGCAGCGGCCUUGGUCGAGUCUCGACGUCGACAAGCAAGAAUUGUCGACGAGUGGAUGCGUUUCAGCCGAGGUGGCUCAAAGCUGGGAUGUGUGCAUAUCGAAAUCGAGAACGAGGAAGGAUUCCGCCGAGACGACUUCCGCAGGGCGGAGAUGCCUCGGACAUAAUGGAAGCAAAAGACCGGUCAACCACAGAGGUCUCGCGUGGCUUCGGUCAGAUUUCCCCGCUUGUUUCGCGAGUGAUCAUGAUGGCCAGGCUCUUGCUUGUCGUUACCUCGCGUCAGGGUGUCGCGCCUCUACAACGCGUCCUCCUCGGCAGCGGCUGA